CUUCCAACUAUUGCUUUAUAUCUGUCUCAGUUGAACAUGGUCAAGCCCACAAUCCUCGCGCUACUGGCGCUAAGCACCCCCGUUUGGUCAACGCCACAGACCUCGGUGACCAACCUAGCCAAGUGCACCGACUGGUGUUACAAGAACUACCAGAACCCGUCGUCCACCUGCGUGUUCCCCGCAUUAACCGGACAGGGCCCAUGUUAUGUCUGUGGCCCUCUCAAAACCUCGCAGUCGCAGCAAGUAUGCAGCGGAGCCUGCACGGAUACGAACACCGACGCGAAGAAUUGUGGAAAGUGUGGUACCACUUGUGCAUCUGGGAAAUGCACCCUGGGCAAAUGUUGCAACCCCGUCGAUACUUACGGCUGCACGAUCGAUAACUUCAGAAGCUUUUGUUGUAAUCAAGGGUGCUGGUUCAAUGUUCCGGUAGAUGGCGGGACGGGUAGAUGCCUUUGAUGGAUUUCUGAAGGUGUAUCCUGGUUGCUGACAAUGCUUCUUAUUGUGCCUUGUUUGAUGCGCUGGAAUAAAAGCUCUUGUGGGAUCAGCCAGGAGGCAAGACUAUGCACUGUGAAUACCCCCACACGGCCUAUAUAGCUGCCAGAAGUGAAAACGAGAUACCCAC